AUGAAUCAUUGUAGAGCGCCUGAGAUCAUUCUUGGCUUACCGUACUGUGAAGCUAUUGAUAUGUGGUCGCUAGGCUGUGUAUUUGCUGAACUAUUUCUGGGAUGGCCGUUGUAUCCCGGCUCUUCUGAAUACGAUCAGGUAUUUGCAUCAUUAAUCUAG